AUGAGUCGACGUGGUGGUCAUCAAAAAUGGGAUGCCAAGAAAAUGACAAUGAAAAAGCUCAUUUAUUAUGAUAGCGACUUAGCAUCGAGGUUUGAUGAUGAUGAUGACGAUGGAAAAGAUUUCGAUCCGCGUUUCUUCCGAGUGCAGGGACGAAACGUGGGUGCUGGAUAUGGAAGAGGAGGAAGAGGUUCUGGAAGAGGUAAUGGAAGAGAUCGCGUAUCAUUAAAAAUUCAUCUUGAUAACAGACGUGAUAGGCAGUUGCAACGUGGUGCCGGUGGUAGUGCGACCACUACAGCAGUUGUUAUGAAUCAGAUUAAGGUUGUAAGAGGUGCUACAAUUGGAAAGGAUUUUAUUAUGCGGUCAAUCGGACAAUAUGUCGACGACGUAAAACCUUUGUUGUUCAGAGUGGAUCGAGGAGACAUAACAUUUUUUGUUGAGGACGAUGACACAGCUGCGGCAAUCCAUGCUAUAUCAAGGCGUGUCCGAGAUCCGAAUACAAAUGCACCAAUUACCUUUUUAUUAUCACGUGUAUCAGCUGGUUUUGCUACCAUAUCAAUGAAUGAAAGAGAUCUAAUUGCGGAAUGUUUGAAGAAACGCUAUAACGCGGAAACACACGCUCUUGAUUUGAGUGAAUUUGGUUUAGAUGAAUUGUUCCGAACGAGAAGUUUGCAUCUUUCUUUAACUCGUAACAAUAUUAUGAUGGCAGUUGUCGAUUUGAUCGACCAAUACUAUGGAGGUGUAACUGCCUUAAGCAUGAAGGGUAAUCGCCUUCGCUUUUUGGAUUUCUUUGCAUGUCUUCUUUAUCGCAUCAAAAAUGUAAAAACAUUGGAUUUAUCGGCUAAUCAGAUCGACAAGGAAUCGGAAUUGGAGAAGCUGAAAGGAUGGCCAGUUGAAACGUUAUUUUUUGAAAAUAAUCCCUUAUGUGGUUCAUAUUCAUCAGCAGAAACUUAUUUAAGCGCUGUUCAUCGCGUCUUUCCGAAGGUGACCAUGUUGGAUGGUAUUCCGGUUCAACGAUCUGUUUCAUCCAUUGUACCAGAUUUAGAUGAAAAUGCUAAGCUACCACUGUUUAAACCAAGUUUUUACGGCACCGAUGAUCACCGUGCUCUUAUUGAAGCAUUCAUUGUCGAAUUUAUGGUUGCAUAUGAUGAUCCGGAUGUUAAUAACAGGAAAAAUUUGAUUAAUGCUUACGAUGAAAAUGCUACAUUUACAGUGUGUGCGGAAAAUUUAACAGAUGCAAAUGAAAAGAAACCUUAUUUCAACCCAGGCAUAUAUAGUACUUAUCGUAAAACAUCGCACAAUAUCAAAUGUAUGGAAAGAUGGGAACGUUUUCGAGAAAAAGUAAUAUAUAAGGGAGCCAUGGAUAUUAUUGUUGCUUUGCGGAAACUUCCAGCUACCAAGCAUUUGAUGGAUACAUUUUUGAUUGACGUUUCUUUAAUAACUGACAAGCACAUGUGUUUCGCCGUUGAAGGUUUUUUUCGUGAUGGUUUGGAAAAAGUUGGAGAUGAUGACGAACUCAGAUUCUUUUGUCGUAAUUUUGUUGUUAUUAACAAGGGUGAUGGAAAAAUAGCAGUUGUCAAUGACAUGUUGUUUGUCAGUGGAGUAUUUAUGGAACGGAUACAGCGGUAUAAAUCGAUGGUGACGAAUUCCUUAAAAAUACCUCCAGAUGCUACAGUUGCAACAACAGAUGCAAUAGGUGGAAUGUCCAUAACGGAUAAUAUUCAAAGCUCCGCAGUAUCGGUCCCUCAGCAGCAGGAACCAACACCAUCUGAACGUGCUGCGGCAGGUGACCGAGAAAUGCAACAACAAAUGGUUGAUGCGUUUUGUCAAGAAAGUAGAAUGAAACCAGAAUGGUCUAAGAAAUGUUUAAUUGAUCAGAAUUGGAAUUAUGAGGCUGCGGGGCAAGCAUUUUUAGCUGUACGUGAUAGGAUUCCGGCUGAAGCUUUCCAAGAGUAA